AAAUGAAAUGACGAUGAAGGAGUAUUUAGCUAAUUAGUCAAUACUAAGUAAGUAGGGACAUAAGAUGAGAAGCUUUGUUCCAAAGAGAUUAACAAUGGCGGCAUCGCUGCACCUAAAUCUACUCCACCACCUCCGCCGCUGCAAGCCGCUCUACGCUUCUUGGUCACCGCCACUCCGCGUCUUCUCCAAAAGACUCCUAUCCGCCCCCGCCACUCCAUACCCACUGCAAUAUGAUAUGAUUAUCGCCCGCCCCGCUAACUCUCCUCACCGCCACCCCGCCCGCCGCCGCUCUCCCAUCGCCGCAGCUUCCCAGCCCCAAUCCUCCGCCGAAUUAGGCUUCAACGAGUGGGUCGACAAGAAGCUCUCCAGCAAAGAAACCGACAACACCAGCACCGAAUUAACAAUGGACAAAUCCAAGAGAAAAUACUACAAUAAAAGGAGGAAGAGAAUGUACGGAGAAUCGGAAUCGGAUGAGGAAAGCCGCGGCGGCGGCGAGGGCGAUUUCAUCGAAUUGAAGCAGGAAGUGGUGGAGCUCCGCACCCUGCAUAAGAGGGAGGAGGAAUUGUAUUUCUACGACGCCUUCGCUUACCCGUGGGAGAAAAACAAGCACUACAAAAUGGUGUAUCAAAUGGAGAAGAAGUUUUUCCCGGAUCAAUGCUUCGAUAGGGCGUUUUUGGAGCCGGGGAAGGCGAAUGCGAAGCAGGGGAAGAGGGAAAUGAGGUGUGGAGCUGUGAAGGGUGAGGCUGGGGAUGAGAGAGGGUUGGUGUUUUUUGAUGAGAAAGAUGGAGGAGGUGAGGAAGUGAAGGGUGUAGAUGUGAGUGAGAAGAAAGUGGAGGAUUUCUUCAAGUGUUUGAAGAAAGUCCCCAAUGAGAAUAGUGGUGCUGUUGCGCCGGAGCCGUUUCUUUCGACUAGGACCGCUGGCCUUCCGCCCAAGUGGGAUGGCCCCAAUGGGACUGUGCUUUUGGUUAACAAACCUAAAGGUUGGACUUCAUUUACAGUGUGUGGGAAGCUGCGACGCCUGGUUAAUGUGAAGAAGGUGGGCCAUGCCGGAACCCUAGAUCCCAUGGCAACGGGCCUGUUGAUUGUAUGUGUAGGUAAAGCUACCAAGGUGGUUGACAGAUAUCAGGGCAUGUUAAAGGGAUACAGUGGAACCUUCCGUUUGGGGGAAGCUACCUCAACCUGGGAUGCAGAUUCACCUGUAAUCCAAAGGGAGUCAUGGGAACACAUCAAGGACGAGGAUAUAAAGAAAUCUGCUGCGUCGUUUUGUGGAGAGAUAUGGCAAGUUCCACCCAUGUUCUCUGCUAUUAAAGUCGGAGGAGAGAGGAUGUACGAGAAAGCUAGAAAAGGUGAAAGCAUUGAACUUUCUCCUAGAAGGAUUUCAAUCUUCCAAUUCGACGUUGAAAGAAGUUUAGAAGACAGACAAAAUGUGAUUUUCCGAGUGACUUGCUCGAAAGGAACUUAUAUUCGUUCACUUUGUGCUGAUUUUGGGAAGGCUCUGGGGAGCUGCGCGCAUUUAACAGCCCUACGCAGAGAUUCAAUUGGUGAAUAUUCAGCAGAUGAUGCGUGGGAAUUUCAAGAGCUGGAAGAAGAAAUUACCAAAGGAUAUAUCUAGUGCUUUUCUUGUCAAUAAUUGCAUUGCAAAUUAACACAUUUCUUUCUUAGCCACAUUUUAUAUUUUUGGCGGUAUAUUAUCAUCUUGUGUCA